AUGCAUAUCCUAGUCACCAACGACGACGGCCCUCCGUCAAACCAGUCCUCGCCCUACGUGCACUCGCUGGUUCAUUCGCUCCAAUCCGCCGGCCACACGGUCUCGGUCGUUCUUCCACACCAGCAGCGAUCAUGGAUCGGUAAAGCGCAUAUUGUCGGCGCAUCCGUCAAGCCUACUUAUUUUCGUCCGGGUACCCUCCACCAAGAAGAUGGCACAACGCAUCACCUGCCCCGGGGUAGUAACGGAGAACCAAAUGACGGUGACGAAUGGGUUCUGAUCGACUCGACCCCAGCAAGCUGUGUCCAGAUCGGUCUCUAUCACUACUUCCAAAAACGCGGUCCCAUCGAUGUCAUUGUCUCUGGUCCCAACUAUGGACGCAACACCACCGCGCUGUUCGCCUUGUCUAGUGGAACUAUUGGUGCAGCGAUGGAGGGCGCCUGCUGUGGAAAGCGCUCAAUUGCGCUAUCUUAUGCUUUCAGCUCUCGCAAUCAUGACCCUAUAAUUAUCGCAGAGGCAUCGCGCCAUUCGGUCAAGUUGAUUGAGUAUUUAUGCGCCAACUGGGCGAACGGCGUGGACCUCUACAGCGUCAAUGUCCCUCUUGAGCCCGGUGUGAGUGACAACAAGGUUCUUUACACCAGUAUGCUGGACAACAGAUGGUCUUCUGGAAGUUGUUUCCACGCUGCUGAGCCUACGUCUGCCGAUGACCCCGACCUGCAGGAGCAGCAGUUGCGCGAUGAAGGCGAGGUGACAGGCAAGACGCCUGAUCAGAGUGUCAGUAUCAGCGACAAAUCUUCUACUGGGCCAUCACUUGAGCACAAGCACUUUACGUGGGCUCCAAGCUUCCAGGAUGUAUACCGUAGCGUUGAAGAAAGCGAGCCCGGCAACGACGGCUGGGCUGUCAAGGAGCAGAUGACCAGUGUCACACCUCUCAAGGCCAAUUUCAUGCAUGCCCUCGGAAUCACUGGGGAGAUCAAACUAUCGGAUAAACAGCCUUCGCUAUACUCCAUCAUCGACUGUGAUGACUCCUACGUGCAAGAAAUGAUCGAACGCGCGAUUACCCGUCGUCUGGGAGAUGCGUGCAAGCGAGUCUCAUCUCUAGAUGACCUCCCAGAGAGAUCUGCGCCGCUUUUCCAGUACCGCGAGUAUGAACGCCUCGAAUUCGAACAUAUUAUCUCCAGACCCUCGACAUCUCUGGCCAAUGCGUACAUCAUCCGCAAGGCUUUGAUCCGGAAGCAUUACUUAUCGAACACGGUAGCAAACUGGAUCUCGAAGCACCCAGACAGCGUGCUCAAGAAGCACUUCAAGCCCGCCUUCGACUUCGAAUUGGAUUAUGCCGAAUUCCUCGACGAUGCCCUCCUCGAAGCAUACGAGCUGAACGACAGCCUAGCCAAGAAUGAAGAACGACCCGACUCUGAAAAAGAAUGGUGGAUCCUCAAGCCCGGCAUGAGUGAUCGCGGCCAAGGAAUUCGCAUCUUCAACAGCGAAGAUCAACUCCGCGAGAUCUUCGAAGAAUGGGAAGACCCUUCAGACGACGAAUCCGGAUCCGAGAAGGAUGUAGAUGAUGAGAACGAGGACGAGGGCGCCAGCGGUGCUCACGACACAGGCGUCGUCACUUCGCAGCUCCGCCAUUUCCUCGUUCAACCCUACAUCGACCCCCCCCUGCUCCUCCCUUCAUCCUCAAACCGCAAGUUCCACAUCCGCACCUACGUCCUCGCCUGCGGUUCUCUCAAAGUAUAUGUCUUCCAGGAGAUGCUCGCCCUCUUCGCCGCAAAGGCAUACUGUGCCCCGCACGAAGAAGAAGACGACGUCGCCGACUUAGCGCGCCAUCUGACAAACACCUGUUUCCAAGAAGGCGGCAGCUCAAACGAAGGCAGUGUGCGCCGCUUCUGGGAUCUGGAUCACCACGUCCCCGGUCUCUCUGCUAACUGGAAAGAGAAGAUCUUUGAUCAGAUUUGUGCUGUGACUGGAGAGGUGUUUGAGGCUGCGGCUCGGGGUAUGAUGAUUCAUUUCCAGACUCUGCCUAAUGCAUUUGAGCUGUUUGGUGUUGAUUUCCUCGUUGAUAGUGAUGGGUCUGCUUGGUUGUUGGAGCUUAAUGCUUUCCCUGAUUUCGCGCAGACUGGGGAGGAUCUUAAGGAGGUUGUUGUUGGGCGGUUGUUUGAGGAGAUGGUUGAUGUUGCUGUUAAGCCUUUCUUUGGGAUUGAAGAGGGUGGUAGUGGUGAUUUGAAAUUAGUUGCUGAUCUUGAUUUGGGCAGGAAGGCUUAG